AUGACCCAAGGGGAGCAGUCUGUCAGUCUGGUGAACAGAAGCAUCAGCCUCACCAGGUGCAGUUUCGUUCACCUGCAGAGCUGGCUGGUUGCCAUCAGCCUGGUGACCUUGGUCAGCACAGUCGUGCUGGAGCUGGAGGCCCGGGAUUUCUCUGGCCUCCAAGAGGUACCAAAGAAAUGUCAGAAGGCUCGUGAACACUUUGGUACAGUGAGAACACAGCUGGAAUCUCUGAAGACCAAGUUUCCCGCUGAUCAGUAUUACAGAUUUCACGAGCACUGGAGGUUUGUGCUUCAGCGGUUGGUGUUCCUGGCAGCGUUUGUAGUCUACUUGGAGUCAGAGACGUUAGUGACCCGAGAAGCUGUUGCAGAAAUACUUGGGAUUGAAGCUGAUCGAGAGCGGGGUUUUCACCUGGACAUUGAAGACUACCUUUCUGGUGUACUAACUCUCGCCAGUGAGCUGGCCAGACUGGCAGUGAACAGCGUCACGGCUGGUGACUAUUCGCGCCCGCUCCGCAUCUCAACUUUUAUCAACGAGCUGGAUUCUGGCUUCCGUCUCCUCAACCUGAAGAAUGACUCCCUGAGGAAACGUUACGAUGGCCUGAAAUACGAUGUCAAGAAAAUCGAGGAAGUGGUUUACGACUUGUCGAUCAGAGGACUCAAUAAGGAGGCAACAGUUGGUGCGGGUGGAGAGAAAUGAAGGAUGCUCGUUUUAACAGCAUCAUUGAUUACCUCAGAUGGUUGCCAAUUUAGGAAGCAUGCUAGCAAAGCCUUCCUACAGUAGUUUAGAAGAACUGCAGCUGAAAGCUGCUCUCUAUUUUCUUACAAAAGGUGUAGUACGGGUGUUAGAUCUCAAAAUGUUUUGUAAAAUCAUGUCUAGAUUAGGGCAGGAGGCUCUCUGUUUCCAGUGGAAUUCCUCUGUCAAAACACACGGUGCCGUUCUGUGCGCAGCAGCAACAGUGGUCGGUAACUCCCCUGAGCUGAGAUUCGCAUUAGUUCCGUAGUGUCGCUUCACUGCUCUGGCAGUGAGGUGCUUCUCACGUCUCGCCUCACUCACUGAGGUGCUUCUCUCUUCUCACGCGCCUUUAGAGACGCGUGCACCGCGUGCAGCUCAGUGCAGGUACACGUACUGUUUUAAAAAACGCAGUGUGUAAAUAGCUAUACAAUUUUUUUAAGACACUGAUUUUUUUUUUUGCCUUUCUGUUUCUUAAAUUUUCACCUACGUCAGUAAGUUGAACAGAUUUGUGUAACUGUUUGUUAACCUCAUCUUUUAAAAUGGCUUCUGUUAAUGUAUCUCCCUUAAUUGAGAAAUUAGUGAAAAUAUUCCUGAGAAUUUCUCCAUUGGAACUGGUGUACCACACCCGGGCAGGCUCGGUCGGAAUUUUUU